AUGAUCGAGAACUUCCAGGGUUUGGACGUUAGGUUCCUUUUAGUAUUCUUUGUUGGAAUUGCUGGUUAUUUGGGAUUUUCCACCUACAGUAAGAAGACCCCUGUCAAGAAAUCAGGUUUUUAUGAGAAAGUAGAUAAGAAUUCCUAUAAACCCCCAGUAAUUAAAUCAGUCGAUCCAGAUUUUAAAUGGGAAGAAACAGAAUCUGUAAAAUCUUAUCCUUUUAAGAAUGCUGCCUACAAGUUGACUAUGUCCAUCGGUAAACUUGACCCUCAAGACUGGUUAUUAAUGGAACCAACUUAUAAGAAGACCAUUGGUGUCAAGACCCAAAUCAUUAACAAUGUCCACCCUGAUUAUCCUGAUAGAGACUUAAGAAGUUGUACAUUAUUUGCGUUACCAGAAUGUGUUCCUGCUAUCAAUGAAUUUUAUGAUAUUGUUGUCAACUAUAUGUGUGAUAAAUAUCCUAUGUAUUUCAAGAAAGAAGGUGAUAAGAUUUAUAAUUCAGUCACCAAAGAAUACGUUCCAGCUUCAAGUGAUGGUGUUGAUGCAGAAAAGUUAUUAUCUUCAUUAGUUGGUACUAUUGAAGAAGAUUUCAUUAUUUUAAUGAAAGAUCCAACUUCUGAUAGUGAUGAAUAUUUCUUUAAAGGAGGAGUAUUUGCCUUUGCUGCUGGAUUUAAUCCUUCAACUAAAAUCAACACUCCUUUAACUUCUAUCCAUUUACCUAUCCCAGGAUACGAAGAGAAAUUAAAGGUUUCUAUGAAUAGAUUCUUCAAUAGAUUGCAAAUUGGUCAAUUUGUUACUAGAAGUAAUUUCUCCAUUCAAACUCAUAACUUGUAUUAUGUUGAUGAUAGAAAUAAAGGUCAUAACAGACCAAACGAAGAACAAAUAUCUAUUCCAGAAGAAGAACUUGAUUUCGAUAAACAAGUCCAUUAUAGAAGUGAAAGACAAGUUCUUACCAGAUUACCUAAAACGGAAGCCAUUGUUUUCACUAUCCGUACCUAUUUACAUCCAAUGAGUGAAAUUAGAAACGAAGGUGAAGAAGUGUGUGAAAGAUUAAUUGGAGCCAUUAAUGGGUUACCUAGAGAGAUUUUCUUAUAUAAAGCAGCAGGUGAAUGGGCUGAAGGGGUUAAGAGUUAUCUCCUGAAGUAUAAGAAAUCAUGA